UUAGUGUACAGAGUUGAGAUAUCUGGGGCCAUGGAGGAAGAUAAGAGAAGUACGGACGCCAAUUUUGCUCCAGACCCAGGGGGGGCAGGAACGACGACUCAAGAUGCCCCACGUGACCCCAGCCCAGAGGCCUUGAUCAGCAGACAGCUGAGUGAGCAGGGCCGCUUUGCUUUCGCUGCCCUGUGUGGAGUGUCUCUGGGACACUUGUUUACCGGCCCUGAAAGCAGCGUGUUCAGGGAGAAGUAUCUGCAGGGCUUGGUCUGCUGGCUGAACCUGGAUGAGUCGGUGAUGCCGGUGAUGGCGGCUUUCCUGUCCGGCCUGGGCUUCGAAGGCUCCGACACCUUCCUCUCCAUCUUACAGGCCGAGCCACUGCUGUCUGCGGGGGCCACCCCCAUCAUACAGGAUCUGGUGACGUUUUCUGUCAAGGACGGCCAAUAUGACGCCAGGUCGAGGGUUCUCAUCCGUCACGUCAGCUGUCUGCUACGAGUCUUUCCACAGCAGCUGGAGGAGUUUGAGGAAACGCUGGGAGAGAGGCUGAGGGAGGGAGGGGAGGAGAGCGAAGAGGAGUCGUCUCGGCGGCUGAGGAGAGAAAGAGGGCGAAAGCUGCGGCGCUACCUCCUCAUUGGACUGGCCACCGUUGGCGGGGGAACCGUGAUUGGCGUGACAGGCGGGCUGGCCGCCCCCUUGGUGGCAGCGGGGGCCAGUGCUGUGCUGGGGGCCACAGGGGCCGCUGCUCUGGGCUCAGCCACCGGCAUCGCAAUCAUGGCCUCCCUGUUUGGAGCAGCGGGAGCUGGACUGACCGGCUACAAGAUGAACAAGUGUGUCGGGGCGAUAGAGGAGUUUGAGUUCCUGCCGCUGAGCUCCGGGAAGCAUCUUCACCUGACCAUCGCGGUGACGGGCUGGCUCUGCAGCGGUAAAUACAGUUCGUUCCAGGCCCCGUGGUGCAGCCUGGGAGAGUGGGGCGAGCAGUACUGCCUGGUGUGGGAGUCGCGUUUCCUCAGGGAUCUGGGCUCAGCCAUGGCCUCCCUGUUGGACGGGCUGGUCAGCAUGGUGGCCCAGGAGGCGCUCAAGUACACCGUGCUCUCAGGCAUCGUGGCGGCCCUGACGUGGCCCGCGUCGUUGCUGGCGGCGGCCAGCGUCAUCGACAACCCCUGGAGCGUUUGUCUGAACCGCUCGGCGGAAGUGGGGAAGCAGCUGGCGCAGGUUUUGAGAAGCAGACAGCAGGGGAAGCGUCCCGUCAGCCUCAUAGGGUUCAGUCUCGGGGCCAGAGUGAUCUACUACUGUCUACAGGAGCUCGCCAACGACCAAGGAAGUGAAGGAGUAGUAGAGGAUGUAGUCCUCUUGGGGGCCCCUGUGGACGGCUCUGAGAAGGCCUGGGAGAGAAUGACCAGGGUAGUGGCUGGAAAAAUAGUCAACGGCUACUGCAGAGGGGACUGGCUCCUGGGGUUCUUGUACCGAAGCUCAGCUGCACAACUGUCUGUCGCCGGGCUACAGCCUAUCAACAUCCAGGAUCGGCGUCUAAUCAAUGUGGAUCUCUCCUCCGUGGUGAAAGGUCACUUGGACUACAUGCGCCAGAUGGACACCAUCUUGGUGGCAGUAGGAGUUCCCACCAAGGAAGUCCCAGGGGCCUCCUUUGUGCUUCCAGGGGCCUCCUUUGUGCUUCCAGGGACCUCCUUUGUGCUCCCAGGGGCCUCCUUUGUGCUUCCAGGGACGCUGGACGUUGCUGACAAGACGCCCAGCGAGCAAGAAGCGACUGAGACACGACGGCGAGCGGAGGAGGCUGAGGCGGGGGAAAAUGGAGACGUGAGAGAGUCGGCGGAGACGGAGGAGGCGGGUGAUGGCUGGGACAUCCCUGAUAUUUCGCACCUGCUGGACUCGUUACAUGAUGCGGAGUCGGACAGGAACACUUCGCCACGGACUUCUGAGGAGAAGGCAAGCGAUGACGACACAGCGUCUGCUCCCGACGCCCCGCUCGGCAGCGCGGAGGACGCCGAGCCUGAUAGUGAACACGCAUCGUGGAGCUGGGACGAUACACACUGGACCACAGAGCACACACACAAACAAAGGCAGCCAGACUUGUAAAGAGCAUGUCACUGGGACCGGCUGCUUCCCUGUAAAAAAAAAAAAAAAGCUUGUCUUCUCAAGUUUUCUUUUUUUUCCAGCAUCAAAGCUUUUGUUGGAGAACAUUUCCGUUCCGUUCUCAACACACUGACCACUGACACGGCAGAGACGGCUGAAGAGCCGGUGCACACUCACAGCCGAGAGUGAAAAUCCCCUGAAUGAACUGCUUUGACGAACCACAAAAUGUUUUUAGACGAAUGUAUUAAUUUAAUAGAAUUUUUUUUAAAUUAAGUACUUUUUUUUUUUUAUAAACUGUGAAUAGUGUCAUUUUUUUAAAGUCACUUUGAGAUGUACAUGUUACUUGUGUUUUGCAGGUGAUAUCUCUGUUCCUCUCGCCCUUCUCAUCUUCAUCCGUUGGCCUGGUUGCUAUGGCUAUUAUUACUGCAAUUUAAACUCCAUGGGGGGGGGGGGGGGAUUCACUGAAUGUGUCUUUCUCUGUUCCACCCAUGCCAAUGUAAAGCGCUGCUUACCACAUAGUUUCAAGGUUGUCAUUACAUUGAAUACUGGCACUGAUGAUCUUCAAGAGUCCCUGGCUUUUGUUUUGGUAUCAAUAACUCAUAAUAAUUCAUGAUUGGAGAGAAACACACAAUUCAAGGUAGAACAAGGGUGCAGCUUCCUGAAUUUCUGUCCAUAGACAUUUUUUUUUUCUGUGACAAUACAUGUCUUCAAUCACUUCCACACCACAAAACCUGGAACAACAACACAUGGGGCGUUUCCAUAAAUGCUACUCAAUCCAGAGUGUCGACCUGAUUGGGCAGAAGCAGAGGCAGCUCGACGCCGGCGUGCUCGGCGUCCAGCAGGUUGACCGCGUCGGUGGCGGUGGCGGGAGGGUGCGUGGGGUCGGAGGCCAGUGGGGAGGCGGGGCUGCUGGCGGCGUUCGGCUCCCCGGAGUUGCGGAGGGAGAGCGAGAGCGCCGGCGAGGGUCUCCUGGGCGACUUCGAGGAGCAGCAGGGCAGGAGCCUCCCCAGUGCCCGCUUGAAGUCCCGCAUGAACAGCGGGUAGAUGAUGGGGUUCAUGGUGCUGUUGCAGUAGCCCAGCCAGGUGAUGGCGUCGAAGAGCGCCAGGGGGACGCACUCACACACCGCCUGGAUGAAGACGGCGGAGAGCAAUGCAGACGUUAGAAGCGUCAGAAGAAUGUAGGGUUAGAAAUGUGAAAUGUAUUCAAAUUAAGUGAAAUUAAUGUAAGACCUCAAUGACACACCUUUUAAUUAUAAUAGAAUGAUAGCGAGAGUUAAAUAGAGAAAUAAAUACAGUACAU